AUGAGUGAUAUCGUCGUCUUUGCAGGUGGCUCACACCCGAAACUUGUUGAAAAAAUAUGUGAAAACCUUUCUAUAAAGCCAAGCCAAGUUAAACUAGGGAAAUUUUCAAAUGGUGAAACGUCCAUUCAAAUAGAUGAAACUGUUCGUGAGAAGGACGUAUAUGUUAUCCAAUCAGGCUGUGGUCAUGUAAAUGAUAACUUCAUUCAAUUACUGAUAUUAAUUAAUGCUUGCAAAACUGCCAGUGCCAACAGAGUCACUGCUGUUAUGCCAUAUUUUUGUUACAGUAGACAACCUGAUAUUCCAUACACCGCUAAAGGUGCUCCAUUAAUCUCGAAACCGGUGGAAAAUUAUAAGUUUGAUAACCAACCAGAUGCUCCUAUUCCCGCUUCUAUUAUUACCACACAUGCACCAAGUUCUGUUGCUACCUCAAGUGCCGAGUUCAACCAAACUAGACCCGCCUUAAUAAAGUAUAAUAGUUCCCGUAUUCCAGUCGUUAAUGAAAAUGGAAAUAAUAGUAAAUAUCCAACCAGUUCAGAAACUCAUUUCAAUUUGUCUAAUGCAGGGUAUAAAUUAUGGGUUUCCCAAAAUGGGACUUUGAUCGCAGACUUGUUGACUACCGCCGGGGCUGAUCAUGUGAUUACAAUGGAUUUGCAUGAUCCCCAAUUUCAAGGUUUUUUUGAUAUACCAGUUGAUAAUUUGUAUUGUAAACCAUUGAUUCAAAAUUAUAUUUUACAUGAAAUACCAAAUUAUCUUGAUUGUGUAAUUGUCAGCCCUGAUGCUGGUGGUGCUAAAAGAGCUGCCAAGAUAGCAGAUGCUUUGGAAUUAUCAUUCGCCAUGAUCCAUAAAGAGAGGAGAUGUCAAUUAACCAAGGGACCACCCCGCGCAUCAUUAUCGAGCAAUAGUGCUGAUCCAGUUCCGUCUUCCACUCACGUAAAUAAUUCUAAUAAUAAAUAUGUUGCAACUACUAUGUUGGUUGGCGAUGUCAGAGAUAAAGUAUGUGUUUUGGUUGAUGAUUUGGUGGAUACUUCAUACACUAUAACCAGAGCAGCCAAAUUGUUAAAAGACCAAGGUGCUACCAAAGUUAUCGCGAUUAUGACACACGGUAUUUUUAGUGGAGACGCAUUAAGUCGUAUUAAACAGAGUGGAAUUGAUAAAAUUGUUGUCACCAAUACCGUUCCACAAGAACUAAGUUUGAAAUUUUUAGGUUCAGAUAGAAUGGAAGUUUUGGAUGUUAGUAAAGUUUUAGGUGAAGCUAUUAGAAGAAUUCAUAAUGGUGAAAGUAUUAGUAUGUUGUUUGAGCGUGGUUGGUAA